AUGACUAGACGAAGCGGUCGUUUGCAAGCAAAGUCUGAAAAUGCAUCCACACAUAAACACAAGAUAGCAAGAAUAAGGAAAGAGCAGUGCAGUAGGAGGAAAACGUUGGUAACCUCAAAGAGGAUUCAUUGUGAGGCACAGAAUCUAUGGACUGAGGAAGGGAUCUUUGAGGCUCCUUUUGAUGGACUUGAAAAGGAUACUGGUGUCGCUCCCUCAAAACAGCUGAUACAGCCAUCGCCCUUUCCUCUCCUCAGCUGGGGCAGUUCUGAAGAUGUGUGGGUCAAGAUGCUGAGUAAGGAAGUGAAGUAUAAGCACAAUAAGAGCUUCCUGCAGCAGCAUCCUAAACUCCAACCCAAGAUGAGGUCCAUUCUUUUAGACUGGCUUAUGGAGGUGAGUGAGGCUUACACACUCCACAGGCAGACAUUCUACCUGGCUCAAGACUUCUUUGACAGGUUCAUGUUGACUCAGGAGAAUGUCAAUAAAGAGCAUCUUCAGCUCAUGGGAAUUACUGCUCUCUUCAUUGCAUCCAAAAUUGAGGAAAUUUAUCCUCCUAAGAUUCAGGAGCUGGCCUACGUCACUGAUGGGGCCUGUCUGGAGGAGGAGAUUCUUCAAAUGGAGCUAAUCAUGUUAAAGGCUUUGAAUUGGGACCUCUGUCCGGAAACUGUUGUCUCCUGGAUCAAAGUCUACCUUCAGAUGGCAUCUCUCUAUGACUUCUCUAAUCUUCUAGUACCGCAGUUUUCUCAGGACACUUACAUUCAGAUCACACAGCUCUUAGAUUUAUGUAUUCUCGAUGUCGGUUCCCUGGACUUUAAGUACGGCGUGUUGGCGGCGGCAGCAUUAUGUCACUUCUUAUCUUUCGACGUGGUUCAAAAAGUAUCUGGUUUAUCGUGGGAUGCUGUGGAGAGCUGUGUGAACUGGAUGGCUCCCUUUGUGGAGACUGUGGGGGGCUACUCAGGUGUACAGCUCAAAGAGUUUAGCAAAGUGGCUCCUGAGGACCGCCAUAAUAUCCAGACACACGCAGACUACCUUACCAUGCUGAAUGAAGCUCAGCGUAGACAGACACAAAGUAUGGACGGCACCUUUCCUCCAACCCCUCCUAGUAGCACAGAGAAAGUCACUACACACUGA